ACCUUUGAACUUCACUUUCCAUUUUAUUUUUAUUUUUUUUUGUCAUUUUGUUUUUUUUUUUUCCAUUUUUUUAAAUUUCUUUGUUAAUUUUCUCAUAUGGGACUGUAAUGCGAAUUUCUAGUUUUAGGUUCAUCUUGGUUGAAGCUCCCAAUUAAUCUUCCAUUAUUUGUUAUCAGUUACAGAUUACUGCAUAUUUACAAUGAGCUUAUAGAUAUGGCAGUUCCUGUUGCUUCCCCGUUGGGAUUUGUUUUGAAUAUUUUCAAUAUGAAACGAAGAAAGCGGAAAUGAAUGGUGUGGGUUUUGUGGAACUCUGCAAGAAACUUGGUGAAUGAGACAAUUUAGGAUCUGGGUAUCUCAAAUUGGGAGCUAGAAUGUGUGUCAUUUCUUAUGUUAAGUUUAUUUGGAACCCCUGUUGCUUAAUCCUAGAAUUUUUUUUCAUUUAAGUCUCUGGUGUUCUUGAUGUAGCCCAUGUGCUUGUUGAUUGUCUUAAAAGAGAGCCAUCACCUGUUACAUAACAUACAGAUUUGUACUCAUUAUGUAAUCGCAUCAAUGCUUGAUUAGUCAGUUGGAGAGAAGCUCAAUGGCUUUUUGUUUUUUGUCUUUUUUUUCUUUCUUUCUUGCCCUUUUCCUCUAGACUUAAUGGAAAAAAAAUGGCAUAACUUAAUGGUAAUGUGGUAUUUGAAAGAUGGACUUCUAAAGCGGAAUAAAUACUUCAACUCUCAUGGCCUAUCUCUUUUGGAUUCCACCUAGAUUGGGUAGAUAUUUGGCUUUUCUGUUCAUUGGAUUGUUUUAUACUUUUUAGAAUUUAGGAGACCUCGUAGUCCAUGGUAGUAUUGGCCAUUUUGUUACAAUUAUAGAUUGUGCAAUGAGUUGAAUCAUCCAACUUUGCUCAUUCAAGACAAGUUUUGUGUCAUGUAAUUUUAUAUGUAAGUGGUUUGGAGCAGAUAGGCUGCAUUUAGUUGCAUGGAAUAGGGGUCUUUGAAGUUGAAUUGGAGACCCUGACUUUAAUUGCAACAUUUAGAUGUAAUUCUUUUGGUAUCAUAGCCUAGUUUCCUUCUCAUGAUUCUUUCUGGCAGUUGGGUUUAUGAGUUAUGACUGAUUUUCAGUGCAAUAGCUGGGUGUAUGUUAAACCACAAGAUCCAAUAUUUCUUGCAGUUUCUUUUUUAUCAUUCAACUGUUUAGAAAUUACUAGUAGUUGUGCUAUCUUGUGUUCAAAUAUAUUAUCAUUUGAUUUGUGCUGCAGACUCUUGUUUAUUUUAAAGGUGCUGCAAUGCAUGAAAGAUAUACUCAUUAGUGAAUAUUGCUUCAAUGGAGCCUCCUAGUAAUGAAACAAGGGCUCCAAGCAGGAUUGGUGACCGACCCACAAGUGAUGUCGUGGUGAGACUAAGAACACAGGAAGGUCGAGAUGACUGGUUAUACUGUCACUCCCAUGUCCUUGUAGAGAAGAGCAAGUACUUUGCUGAUCGACUCUCUGAGAAUUGGCCCACAUGUCAGAUCCUAGAUUCUCGCAACUGCGUUGAGGUCUAUUGUCAAGAAUCUGACUUUGAUUACCAUGUCAAUGUUCUACGCCUGCUCUAUGUUGUUAUGGAUGGCUCUGUAGAUGACAUGUGGCAUGGUGUCAGAAAUGCCCUUAGCUGUCUACGAGUCGCGGUUGAGCUUGGUUGCCAGCAAAUUAUUACUGCUUGUGUGAACUACUUGGAAGCAGUACCUUGGGAAGAGGCUGAGGAGGACGAGAUUCUAAGAACCAUACCAGGCAUGGGAUCUCAAGUCGAGCCAAUUCUUGCCCGUCUUCAACCAGUCAAUUCAACAGCAAUAGUGGGCAUUUUUCUUUCAGCCAUUCGAUUUGCCACAUCAUCACCUCCUCCACAUAUGAAUGAUCUUAAGUCCUCAGCCCAAGAACAGCUUGAGUACAUGCUUACUGAAGAUGAUGAUGCCCCUCUACUGAUGGCUGAUGAUGAGAUAAAAUUUGAAGUAAGAGAAUGUGUGAUGGGACUAUUAGCCAGAUUCAACAAUCUAUUGGAAACUUUCUUUUGUGAGUCUGGAGAAUCAGUUACUAUGGCAGGAGAAAUGCUAUUAUUUCAAUCCUAUUUAUCAGAUAUGUCAUGGGCUUGUCAGAUUUUAGGUAAGUUGGAAAUAAUGAGGGAGUUUGUUAGCACUUGGACUGAUGCAUCAGAAAAGAUUGUGAAGGCUAUUGAGCUAGCAAGUUCAAAAGCUGAUGUGCUCGAGAUGAAGUUGAAGGUUAUUGAGGUGGCAUCAAAGGUUUUAGAGGCAAUAGGGUAUGGAACUGUUAUUUUUCCAGCUACAAAACGACUUCACAUGGUGAUGGUGUGGCUUCCAUUUGUGAGAGUCACAAAACGUUUGAUCGAUUCUAUCCCAACUAAUGGUGAUGAUGCUCUGACAUUCAAAUUGGAUGGUGAGCUUUGGCAGUCCUUGGAAUCUGCUUUUGUGUCAAUAAUUGUUGCAUUGCCUUCAGGGGAUCAGGCAGAGAUUUUGACUGAAUGGUUAGGGAAUGAGCAUAUCCGUUACCCAGACCUAACUGAGGCAUUUGAAGUAUGGUGUUACAGAUCAAAGGUUGCUAAGAGAAGGCUGGCAUUGUUAGGGGCCAUCCAUGGUGUGACAGAUGCAUUAUGACCCCUCAAUGGUAAAUCUUUUACGUCUUUGUUUCCCUUGGUUGCUCUUAACACUGUUUCCUUAAGGUGUUGAACAUUUGGAACAAUCCCUUUUGUACCAUAAACCAGAACAGGGUUUAAAAGGGAAAGUAAUAUGCAAAUGGAAAGGUGUCUUAAGCAGAGUCUAUCAAAAAAAAAGAAAGAAAGGUGUCUUAAGCAGUGGCCCGUAUCUUGAGCUCCUUGCUACAAAUUUCAAUGUCAUUGCAAGCUUGUAAAUCUUGUGAUGUCAUUCUGAUUGUAAAUUUUGUGAUACGAAGGUGUUUGAUUUUGGAUAGUAAUUUGAAAUUUCAAAUUGUACAAUCUCCUGAAUAUUUUGUUUAGUUCAACUUAAAACUUUUCAAUUUAA